CAGUGGAUUUAUGAACAGUCUGUUUUUGGGAGCAGACAUGUUUUAUUCAUCCAAAUAUACAUAUGUUGGUGUACAAUUAAUUCAUGUGGAUGUGGCAAACAACAAUAUAUACAAUUAAUGAACGAUGCUUUUUGGUGAAAUUCCAACAGAAUUAUGUGUAUAAAAGGAAAUUAACAGAAUAAAAGGUUAAAAUGACUGCAAACUGUUUAUAUUGGGUCUUUUUUAUGCAGACCUUAGUGUUAACAUUGGGUAAACUUGCUAUUAAUACCACUUGCUAUGUAAAAGGAAGCCCCUGUACUAUAUCCUGUUCAAUUCUAAACUUUACCAAACUUGCAUCAUGGAGUAGAGACAACAAGAGAAUGACAUCAUGUACUAAAAGUGGUAACACCACUUUUUUCUGUGAUAAAGAAUCGACCCAAAUAUACAGUUUUAGCGCUAAUCGGUCAGGAAUAUAUGUAGCCAUCUCUGAUUUGACUUCAAACGAAAUUGGUGCAAAAUGGAUAUGUUCGCAUGGAGUGGAUACGCCAGUUCGCAUUUCUAUAAAUAUUCCCGAAAGAGAUCAGAUCUACAAAUCAGGACUCUCUGGCGGUAGUAUAGCUGGAAUAGUUAUUGGGGUCUUGGUACCUGUUAUCAGUGGUAUAAUCAUUAUUGUAAUACUGGUUUUCCUGAAACGAAAAAAAGACGAUAAUGUUCCGUUUAAUCAAAUGGAUAAAAAUUGAUGGUAAAAUCAAAUGCAAAGACAAGAAGAAAUACAUUAAAUUUCUACAAUUAACGAUAGCAAAUUUUGGAAGCCUAUUAUAACACUAUUUGUCAUUUGUCUAGACAGAUUUAGUUGUACUGCUGAUUUAAGACAAAGAAACUUUUGACAAUUAUCACCUCUAUCAAUCGUCAACUGAUUUUUUUUCUGAGUGUACAAUUACAAAGUGUAUCACCUCUAUAAAUCGUUUUUUUUUUCUUUUCUGAAUCGUUGAAUUUAAUUUGAUGUGUAUGUUAACACGUAUAAUGUUGGAAAGAACAUGUAAAGAAAAAGAAAUUUGUCCAUUUUGUCCGGACCAUGCUGAGUAUACAUGUAUUGCAAUAAUAACAUUACAUAGAAGUUUAAUACGAUUCCGUAAUUUUGGCAGAGGCAUUCCAAAAGUUAUAAUUUAUUUCUGUAGAAAAUGUACCAUUUAUAACUGCACGUGUUCUCCCUGACAACGCUUAAACGAUGCAUAGAAAAAAAAACAAAUGGCUUGAUUGUACACCUCAUUUCAUACUUGUAUGAGGCGCGGAAAAUUCUUAAGCAAAAGUUAAUUAUUUUUCAUAGAUGAAGUAGUAUGUUCCAUGCAUCUUUGUAAUCAUUGGUUGCCAUAAAAUCCACAUGUAUAUAUAAUAAAUGUUGUAGUAUAAUAUUUUAUAUACAUACUACAACAUCUAAUUCAUGUAAUUUAUGUUGAAUAAUAAAAAAAACCAAUCAUUCAACAUUACCUUUGGAUUGACACUGUCUUAAUUCGAUUUUGGUUUUACGUUACAUAUGUCCCAGUGUAUAUAAAGUGCGAAUCCAGUUAGUUCAUUUUCACUGUUGUAUGCGAGUAUGUCUAUUGUAGAAUAAAGGAUGAUGGGAAAAA